CCGCAGCUCUUUCCCCUCUCUCUUGGGUGCGGGACCUUUAGAGACGAUAUUUAAUGCCUGGAAUACUUCACAUGGAAGAAAUGGAGAACGGAGUCGGCAAGAAGAAGAAAAUAUCUAAAACUCCCACAUCCAAGAAGAUGAAAAGAAAAAUCCAGAAUGGGGAAUCAGAAGAACUCUAUUUUGAGCAAGAUUCAAGUAUUAACGAAGAGGUGACUGAAGACAGUAAUAACAAUAUACAGACACCAAAACUGAAGAAAAAAAAGGAAAAGAAAAAAGAGAGUUCUCCUGAAGCAGCUGAGGAAAUAGAUGAGGAGCAAGAUACUGAAGCUCCUAAAGUAAAGAAAUCAAAGAAGAAAAAGCAAAAAACUGAGCAGGAAGAAACAGAACAGCAAGAAAAAGAACAGCAAGAUACAGCAGAAUCUGAACCAAAGAUUAAUGGCAAACAGAGUGGUAAAAAAGGCAAAGCAAAGAAAACCACAAAUACGGAGAAUGAAGAAAUAAAACCUCCAGACAGUGCCCCACAGGCAAAAAAAAGGAAAUUGGACCCAGAGACAGAAGAAGUGAAAGAGGAGGAAUCCAAAUUGGAUGAUGCGGAGACUGCAUUAGAGAAAUCUCAAGGUGACUUCUCUAAAUUUCCUAUCAGUGAGGAAACUGUUAAAAAUCUGAAAGCUAAAGGAAUCACUUACCUAUUCCCUAUUCAAGCUAAAACCUUCACUACUGCCUACAGUGGCCAUGAUGUUGUAGUGCAGUCUCGCACUGGUACCGGCAAAACCUUAUCAUUUGCAAUUCCUGUGAUUGAGAAACUUAUCGAAGACAAAAGCCCACUGGUGCAAGGACGACAACCCAGGGUGCUUAUUCUUACACCCACUAGAGAGCUUGCAAUUCAGAUAACAAAUGAAAUCCGUUGCAUCUCUAAAAAGCUGAAGACCUGUUGUUUCUAUGGAGGGUCUCCUUACCAGCAGCAAGUAUAUGCUAUAAAAACUGGAAUUGAUAUCCUAGUUGGGACUCCUGGUCGUGUAAGAGAUCUCAUCCAGAACUAUAAGCUGGAUCUCACUGUUCUGAAACAUGUGGUGUUGGAUGAGGUGGACAUGAUGCUUGACAUGGGAUUUGCUGAACAAGUUGAAGAAAUAUUAUCUGUCCGAUAUAAACCUGAUCCAAGUGAAAAUCCACAGACCCUUCUCUUCUCUGCAACCUGCCCUGAUUGGAUCUAUAAUGUUGCUAAGAAGUACAUGAAGCGAGCAUAUGAAAAAAUCGACCUUGUAGGACACCGUAGUCAGAGGGCUGCCAUUACUGUUGAGCAUUUGGCCAUUGAGUGUAACAGAUACCAGAAACCAGUCGUCCUUGGUGAUGUUAUUCAAGUAUACAGUGGAAGCCAUGGAAAAGCAAUUGUCUUCUGUGACUCCAAGUUGGAAGCUCAUGAGCUGUCAACAACUUGUCCCUCAUUGAAACAGACUGCCAAAGCAUUACAUGGAGAUCUUCAACAAAAGGAGCGUGAAGUCAUCUUGAAAGGCUUUAGAAGUGGAUCUUUUAAUGUUCUUAUUGCAACCAAUGUGGCUGCCCGUGGUUUAGACAUUCCAGAAGUUGAUCUUGUUGUACUCUACUCUGCACCAAAGGAAGCCGAUUCAUAUGUUCACCGUUCAGGACGCACAGGAAGAGCAGGACGCACUGGAAUCUGCAUUUCUUUUUAUGAACCCAGAGACAGAUAUUACUUACAAAAUGUUGAGAGGAGUACGGGAAUCACAUUCAAGAAAGUUGGAAUCCCAUCCGUAAUGAAUGUCGCCAAGUCAUCUAGUGCUGAUGCCAUCAAGUCAUUGGACUCGAUCUCAGCUGAUGCCAUUGAACAUUUUAAAACCUAUGCUGAAGAGCUCAUUGAAAAGAAGGGAGCCGUAAAUGCAUUGGCAGCAGCAUUGGCUCAUAUUUCUGGGGCUUCGUCCUUGACACAACGAUCACUUCUUAACAUGGAGCCGGGCUAUGUUACAUUGCUUUUGGAAAGUUCAGUGGCCAUCCACACCCUGUCCUAUGUCUGGCGUUCAAUUAAGGAGCAAAUGGGAGAAGAAAUUGAUUCCAAAAUACAGAGACUUUGCCUUUUUAAGAACUCCAUGGGGGUGUGUUUUGAUGUUAAGCCAGAAACUCUUAAAGCUAUGCAGGAUGCCUGGACCAGUUCAAGACGGUGGAAACUUUCAGUUGCAACAGAGUUGCCUGAACUUCAGGAAUCAAGGCGGGACAUGGAUGGGUCACGUGGCAGAGGUUUUGGAGGAAGAGGAGGACGAUCUUUUGACAGAAGACGAGGUGGUGGUGGCAACAGAAGAGGAGGAGGUGGAGGAAACAGACGUGGAGGCUUUGGAAGACGCUAAUAGACUGAAUUUGAUAAAAAAAAAAAAAAAAUUUCAGUUAUUCUAUCAAGGACCAGUAAUGCACAAGAGUUUCACACAACAUAAACCUGCCACUUCAUUUUAUGCCAUGUAAAGCUGUAUAACCCUGCCCUUAUUAAAAACCAUUUAUUUGA